UUCAAUCUUAUUUUUUAAUGUUAUAUGAAUUUUCUAACAUUUGACAAAUCUUCGCUUAGAUUUUAUUAAUAAAAAUUUAUUUUAUAAAUUUUUUUGUUGCUUUACUUAUAUUCUAAAUGGAAACUAAACCAAAAAGUGAACAUUUGCUGGAAUUAAAAGUAAUGAGAUUAACACGACCUAUGCUUGCAAGUCCAGUAGUAGUUACUUGUGAUUCAACAGAUCUUCCUGGUAAUACUUUAAAUAAUGAACUAAAGAAUGAUUGUACUGCUUUACAAGGAAUGGAAACUCUCGCAAUAGGACAAUUUAUGGUAUUACCACAAAGUUUUGGAAAUAUUUAUUUAGGUGAAAUAUUUUCAAGUUACCUUUGUGUACAUAAUGGUAGCAAUCAAUUAGUAAAAAAUGUUAUUGUUAAAGCAGACUUACAAACAAGUACUCAAAUUAUAUCUCUUUGUGGUAAUAGUGGAGAAAUGAAAGAUUUAGCACCUGAUAAUACAGUUGAUGAAGUUAUACAUCAUGAAGUAAAAGAAAUAGGCACACAUAUACUAGUAUGUGAAGUUAGUUAUAUUCCUGUAAAUUUAGGUAAUACUGCACAAUCAUUUAGAAAAUAUUUUAAAUUUCAAGUAGUAAAACCAUUAGAUGUUAAAACAAAAUUUUAUAAUGCAGAGUCAGAUGAAGUAUAUCUUGAAGCACAAAUACAGAAUCUUACAGCUGGUCCAAUUUGUUUAGAAAAAGUUUCACUUGAAUCAUCUCAUUUAUUUAGUGUAUCAACAUUAAAUACAAAUGAAAAAGGAGAGUCUAUUUAUGGAUCAGUUAAUAUAUUAGAUACUGAUUGUAGCAGACAGUAUUUAUAUUGUUUAAAGCCACAAAUAAGUUUAUUGAAAGAUCCAAAAAUGAUGCAUAAUGCAACAAAUAUUGGAAAAUUAGAUAUUGUUUGGAGAAGUAACUUAGGAGAAAGAGGAAGAUUACAAACAAGUCAAUUACAAAGAAUGGCACCUGAAUAUGGUGAUAUACGAGUUACUAUGAAAAAUAUUCCUCUUACAGUUUAUCUUGAACAAAUGAUGAAUUUUAAUUGCCAUAUAAUAAAUACAUCUGAAAGAAGUAUGGAUUUAAUGUUAAUUUUGGAAUCAAAUAAUUCUAUAGCAUGGUGUGGAAUAUCUAAUACAAUGAUAGGAACAUUAAAACCUGGUGUUUCAAUAGAUAUUCCUUUAUGUUUAAUUGCAUUACGUAGUGGUAUUAUAACAAUUUCAGGAUUAAAAUUAAAGGAUACAUUUUUGAAUAGGAUAUAUGAUUAUGAUGACUUAACACAAAUAUUUGUUAGCCAAACAGAUUAGUUAAACAAUUAAUAAGUGUAAAAAUAUUUAUUAAUUUAAUUUAUAUUUUAUUUAAUAUAUAUUAAAGUUUUAUUAAUAUAUAAUAGAAUAAUAGAAUAUAUAACAUAAUGCAGAUAUAAUAAUGAAAUUAAUUGAUUUUUAUAAAAUAAACAAAAAUUUAAAAAAAUAUUUUAAAAAUAUGUAUCUAUAGUAGAUAUUUUUUCAGUUUCACUCACUGCUCCUACAGCACAAGCAAGUAAAGUUUGAACAUCUUGAGGUUCAUUUCCACCAAAUAUAUACCCAUUAGCUUUAUCCACUGCAUUUUUUACUUGUAAUAAUAGUGCUUGAUUAGAAAUAUCUAAUGGUAUAAAAGUGACAAGACUGUAAUCCUCUAUUAAUGACACAAAAGCUGCAUUUAGUUUCUUGUAUCUAAAAAUUAAAUAUUCAGAAUAUAUUUUUAUAAUUGAACUUAUUUAUUCAUAUAAAUUUAUAAAAAUAAAUAUUAAAAUUAAAAUACUCAAUAAGAAAUAUUACUUUGAUGUAAAUGGAUUUUCAUCCAAUUUAUCUAGUAAAUAUUUUAAAUCCAAUACUUCAGUAUAAAAAUCUAUAUUAAAAUCUAAGCAAUGUUUAAAUUUUUUCAUUUCAUCAAAUUUGGUCAUCACAUUAAUAUGAGGUAAACCUAAUUUUAACAUAGUUGUUGUGCAAAGAAUUAAGGAAGAUAAAUAUUUACCUGUAAUUCAAAAAUAUAACGUAUUUUAAUAUGUUAUAAAAAUAAAAUAAAAGUUUGUUCAUAGUUUGUUCAAUAAUAUAUAAAUAAAUAAAUUAAUAAAAUAUAUAUAUAAAUAAAUAAAUUAUAUAUAUAAAUAAAUAAUAUAAAUAAUAUAUAAAUAUAAUAAUAUAAAAAUUACCAGCAUCACUACAGUGAUGAGAAUCAACAAGAUGUACACUACAUAAUCUUAUUAAGUUUUGUUCUAAUUUUUCUGCAAUUAUACUAAUUGAUUUAUGAUGUGUAUAUAAUUCAACCUGUAAGUAAACAUUAACAAUAAAUGUGAAAUAUUUUAAUAUA